AUAACUGAAGAAACACAGGGUUCCCAGGGUGUUUUCAGCAUCAGUGAGGAAAACCUCAGAUAUGUAUCAGCAACCUGCAGAGAAAAGCCGGAGCUCUUCACAGAGAAAAAUAUUCAUGAUUCUAGGACAACCAAUGAAACACUCGAAGAGGAUUCCAGCAAGGGAAUCCAUCUGCAUCUCAAAGCAUUGCCAAAGCCAGGGUGCAAGAAAAGAUACGACAAGAUUAACUUCUGUACUUUCUGCCACAAGGAAAUACAUUCUAAAAUAUCCAGACAUUUGCUUACCCAUAAGAAUGAACUGAAAAUAAUGGAAAUUCAGAUGCUGCCAAAAAAGUCCGAGAAGAGAGGGAUGCUAUUCCUAGAAUUGAUCAAUGAGGGAAACUAUAAACAUAACAUAGAAGUUUUGAAAAAUGGUGGUCUAUUUAUAACAGCAAGACGAGAAAGUCCAGAAUCAUCAAAUCAUUCACCUGAUGAAUAUCUCCCUUGUGAGUUUUGUAAGGGUUUCUUCCUGAAGAAUUUAUUGUGGCACCAUGCAAAAAGUUGCAAAUUAGCUUCCUUAAAAAACAAUGAAGAUGGUGAUGAGGAUGAAAAGUUGGGAAAGUCUUUUCUUAGGAAAGGGAGAACAUUAAUAUAUGGUUCACUAUUUGAUGAAAAUGAAAGUAAUAUUACGCAUUUGUUAGAGAGAAUGAAUGAUGGAGAAGAAAAAGACAUCAUUAAGAAGGAUCUUAUAAUUAAAAACUUUGCUUCAAUCCAAGUUCAAUCUUUGGGAGAAGAAAGAAUUCGGAAAAAAAAGACAUGCAUAGAGUGAAUUCAAAUUGCAGAACCCUUGCACAUUUAGUAAUCAUUGCUCAUAAAGACAUACCACUACCAUCGUUGAAUAAGCUACUGUCGCCAGAUCAUUUUGAUAAAAUUGUGAAGUAUGCAAAUGAGCUCUCCUCUGAAGUGCCAUCUCUUCCUGAACCUUUACCAAAGGAUGGUGAUCUAGAUUAUGAACUGGCAGGGAAGGAGGAUCAAUCUAGUUUCACUGUGUAUCAGGCAUCUAGUUCCACAGCGUAUCAGGCAUCUAGUUCCACAGUAGAUCAGGCAUCUAGUUCCACAGCAGAUACGCCAUCUUGUUCAGAUCAUGAACAGCCCUCAAAUUCAGAUAGUGAACAGCCACAGUAUAUUAGAUCAAAAGGUUGUAAAAGAAGAUGGACAGAUGAAGAGGAAGAGGAACUGUUGGAAGCAUUUGCGAUACAGAUUAAGAAAAAAUUGAAUGUGUCCACCAAAGCAAUCCGAUAUGCACAGUCAAAAUAUAAAACAUUACGUUGUCGGUCAGAAGCGGUAAUAAGAUCCAAAAUAAACAACAUCAUUUUAGGAAAAGUAAAAAAAAAAAAAGAAGGAUAGACUACAAAUGAAGACUUUUGCAGAAUUCAUUAUGUUUUAGAAUUAUUUAGUGAGGUUACAUUUCCUGAUCAACAUUUGUCCAUUGUCUUCUGUUGAUUUUUAAUCCAGUCAAAGAACAGUCAACAUCAUUAUUUCAUUCAACCACUUGAAUAUCUCAUGACCAAAUGGUUUCCAGUCAAAAACAUGUGCUACAAAUUUGUAAUGUCUUUAAAAGGA